AUGGCUAGCAGCGAUCUACGAAAGUGGGCGAAGAAGGAACGUAUGUUACGAUAUGUAGUGGAUUCGAUUAUAGAAUUUGUGCAGAAUUAUGACGAAGCUCGUGACAAAGGUUCAGUGGAGGCACGGAUGAAGAAACUUGAAGAAGUGUACGAUAGUUUUAGUGAAGUGCGAAUAAACAUUGAACUGUUGAUGGAAGAAGACGAUGAAGAAGAUCACACUGAAACGGAUGAAAGUGAAGAUGCCCGUAGCAAACGGAUCGCCUUGCAGAAGAAGAAUGAUGAGAAAAACAGGAAGAUAAUGAAGGAUUUCGUGAACCAGUAUUUCAACCUGAAGCAAUCACUGCAAGCCUUUAUGUCGCCACCGGGGUCUAGUGCGAGUGUUGGAUCUUCCGCCGAUCCACUUUUCACCGAGCCUAGCAGCGUUGAUGUGAUUAUUGGAGCAGGACUUUUCUUUGACCUGCUGCGCAACGAGAAAAUCAAGCUCGGGGAUAAUGGACCUAUUGUACAAAACACUUCCCUUGGCUGGAUAGUUUGUGGAAAUCUUCCUGACGAGUCGAACGUGCUCAGACCACACGUUGCCAACACGUGUACGGAGAACUUGGACGAGUUACUCACUCGUUUCUGGGAAUUGGAGUCGUGUAAAACGGACAGCGUACUAUCGUUAGAGGAAUAUGCCUGCGAGAAGCUCAACUCGGAGAUGCGUAUGGGACAUAUGGAGGAAGUGCUGGAAAACGAAGAGGACGCUGCUAUGCCACAGUACUUCAUUCCACAUCACUGUGUUAUCAAGCCCGACAGCACAACUACCAAGUUGCGGGUAGUGUUUGAUGCGUCAUGCCCUACAUCGUCCGGAAUCUCUCUCAACAAUGCGUUGAUGGUUGGUCCGACUGUCCAAGAUGAUAUCAUCGCGAUCGUCCUUCGAUUCAGGUUCCAUUGGAUCGCCUACGUUGCAGAUGCUGAAAAAAUGUACCGUAUGGUGCUGCAACAGUGGGCAGACCGGAAGUUGCACAAAAUCUUCUGGCGGGACAACCAGAAUGAAAUGAUCCGUGUCUUCCAGUUAAAUACCGUUACAUACGGAACAGCAUCAGCGCCAUAUUUGGCCACCAAAUGUCUUAAGCGGCUCGCAGAGCUUGAUGGACACAAAUAUCCCAAAGCAGCUAUAAUCCUUAGCAAGGAUUUCUACGUUGACGACAUGAUGUCCGGCGUUGACGACGUACAAGAAGGAAUCAAGCUGUGCAGUGACAUUCAACAUCUGUUGAAAGGUGGAGGAUUCAACCUACGGAAAUGGAGCAGUAACUGUCCAGCUGUCUUGGAAAAAAUACCCGAGGAACUCAGGGAUGACCGCACUUCUUUUGAGCUGGACGAUUCAAGCGCUACCAUAAAAACACUAGGGCUGAUCUGGGAACCUAGGCUAGACGUUUUUCGAUUCAAGGUGCCACAAUGGAGUUCGUCGGAAAUAUGCAAGCGUUCCGUUAUUUCCGAUCUUGCGCGGAUUGGAGUUGUAAUCAUCACUGCCAAAAUAUUCGUCCAGACUCUCUGGAAACAGAAAUUCUCGUGGGACGAACCACUACAAGAUGAACUCGGAGCUCAAUGGACAGAGUUUCGGGACAGCUUAUCAAACCUAGAAACCCUCCAGAUUCCUAGAUGGAUCGCUUUUCGCAAGGAUUGUCUUGCCGUUGAGCUCCACGGCUUUUGUGACGGAUCAAUGAAGGCCUAUGGAGCAUGUUUGUAUGUCCGAUGCACACACUUCGACGGAACAAUCACUUCGAAUUUGCUGGUUGCUAAAUCCAGAGUAGCUCCGCUGGCAGAAUCUGAAAAGAAGAGGAAAAAACUUACGACGCCCCGCUUGGAGUUAUCUUCUGCUGUAUUGCUGGCUCACCUGUACGAAAAGACAUCUGCAAGCAUCCAAGUAUCGACCCAGCCGUACUUUCACACCGAUUCCACGAUCGUAAGGUACUGGCUGUCAUCAACCCCAUCACGUUACCAGAUGUUCGUGGCAAACAGAAUAUCGGAGGUACAACACCUCACCAGGAGUGGAACAUGGAGGCAUGUGGCAGGAACAGAGAAUCCCGCAGAUGCACUAUCUCGUGGCAUUUCACCUGUUGAUUUACAGGCUAACGCGUUAUGGUGGCAUGGACCACAUUGGUUGAGGAAAGAUAAACAGAUGUGGCCUGAAACGCAAGAAGUUGUACUGGAUAAACUGGAUUGGACGACUCUCGAGGAAGGAUCCAUUGUGGCAGCAGUUUCUACAAUUACUCCACCGAGCGAGAUCUUUGGGAUACACUCUACAUUGCAUCAUGUGGAAAAGCUGGUUGCAUGGUUGCUCAGAUUCAAGUACAACGCACUGCAGGCUCGUAGAUCACUAUCCAAGAAGACGGGUCCACUGACGCUUGCGGAACGAGAAGGCGCUUUGUUGCAUCUAGUGAAGCUAUCACAACAGGAAUGCUUUGCUCAGGAAAUCGCAGAUCUCGAAAGGAAUGGGGAGGUUAAGCCAACUUCUCGCAUCAAUGCAUUAAAUCCGAUGCUGGUCGAAGGUGUACUCCGAGUUGGCGGCCGGUUGGAGAAUGCACAAAUCUCGCAUAGCCGGAAGCAUCCUAUGUUAUUGGAUAAAGAUCAUCCGCUAACAUCCAUGAUCAUGCGUCGAUACCACUACGAAAAUCUUCACGCUGGUCCUCAACUGUUGAUAGCAAGUGUUCGUGAACGGUUUUGGCCACUCAGUGCUCGAAGUCUUGCUCGGAAGAUUGUGCAUAGAUGUGUAACCUGCUUCAGGAACAAACCAACCGUGCAGGAUCAACUGAUGGCUGAUCUCCCGGCUGAACGGGUAACACCAGCUCCGCCAUUUCUACGGGUCGGUGUAGACUAUUGCGGUCCUUUUUUGAUAAACUAUCCCUUCCGGAAAAGGACCACCGUCAAGUACUACGCUGCUAUCUUCGUUUGCUUGGUGACUAAGGCGGUACACAUGGAAAUGGUAGCCGAUCUCACCACUCAAGGAUUUUUGGCUGCAUUGAAAAGGUUCGUGGCUAGGCGAGGAAAGCCCACCUUGAUCAUGUGCGAUAACGGUUCCAAUUUCGUGGGUGCAAAACGGGAGUUAAAUGAGCUCGCCGUACUAUUUGAAGACCAACAAUCUCAGCAAUCCAUAGCUGCACGCGCUGCUGACAUCGGAAUUGAAUUUAAGUUCAUUCCAGCCAAAUCCCCAAACUUUGGCGGUUUGUGGGAGGCUGCAGUUAAAUCAAUGAAGCAGCACCUGAGGAGAACCAUUGGAUUGAAGAUUGUUACGCCUGAUGAACUACACACUGUCCUAGCACAAAUCGAAGCAUGUCUGAACUCCAGGCCACUCACACAGAUCAGCAGUGACCCAAACGAUCUCAGCGUGUUGACUCCAGGUCAUUUUCUUAUCCAGCGACCGCUAACGGCUGUCGCAGAACCGUGGCUGCAGGAUAUUCCUCAAGAUCGUCUCUCUAGGUAG